UUGGGAUUAUAUUGUGGCGCGAUAUGUGCAUAUUCCUCUUUCCCAUCGGAAAAUAAAUCAACUCAAGUGCCUUAUCUUACAAUAGCUUUUAUGAAUUUUACGGUGCUCGAUACAAAUACUCGUCUUAGUGCAAAUUGGGAUUUAUCAAUUAGAGUUCCCGAAAAACUUCAUGGUUCCUUUAUUAUAUGUCUACCAGGAUACUUUCAAGCUUCUUUACUUUACAAGAAUAUUACCAUUGCUACUUCACCCAUAAGAAGUUACAACAAUCUCCAAGGCCAUUGCCCUCAACUGCUCAAGGUUUCAGGGGUUGUCUCUGAAGAGGAUAUUAAUGGUGCAAUCGGCAAAAGCAUUAUGAAUGACAUUAAGGAGAGAAUGGAAGUGCGUUUAGGGUUGCGGUUGUUUCUUCCGGAUAGCGGAGAAAACAUGACAGGGUCAGGGACGAUGGAAUUUGCUUGUGAUGAGGUCAAGAUGCAAUCUGACUUGAGUUCUCGGAAUAUUACAUCAACUGUGGUUGGGAGUCCUACUUGCCUCUAUGUUGGUCACUAGCUUCUUGUUUUUUAAUAUUUUAAUAAUAUGGAGAGAGUACUGGACUUAAUUGUGUCUGAUAUCUAUUUUGUGUAUAUUUCUCUCUUUUAAU